GUUACACCGAAGAACCCUCAUGUUCUUCUUUUGCUUGGUAGAACGUUAUUCGCAGUUUGGAUUUAGCCUCGUGGACCAUCAGGUGGGAUGGAGGCGAGAACAAGUAAUGGAGCUUUUAAAAGCUUAGAAGUGGUUGACACUGACAAAGGCACAGCUGCUAUCAAAGCACAGUAUCUUACUACAAAGGAGAAGUUUCAUGAGGUAGUAGACUUUGGAUGGCAGGGAGUGGAUGGUGUGAAGGCCAGGGAUGCUGGAGAAACCAAAGAGGUCCUUGAGGAGGAGCCUGAGGAGCCACUUAACAAGAGGACCAAACUGGAAGAUGAGGCUCAAGAUAGAGUGGAGAAACAGGAUAAAAAGAAGGCAAGAGGGCAGUUCAAAUCCAGGCCUCACAUCAAGCCACACAUUUAUGCUGAGAAGAAACUGUGUCCCUCAAUAGUUCAGGAGAGUGCAACCAAAUGCUUUUAUGGGGAGAGAUGCAAGUUUCUCCAUAGUAUUUCUGAGUACAUGGAGCUGAAACCUGCUGAUGUUGGAGAAUCUUGCCACUUGUUUGACACCUUUGGAAAAUGUCACUACGGUGUGACAUGCAGAUAUGCCAGAGCCCACACUUGUGAGAAUUUCAAGAACCUGGUAAAUAAGGAAAUAUGCAGGGACAAUGAAGGGAGAGUUACAGUGAUGAACAGCUUAGACAAAAACCUGCAGCGUCGUCUACGCAAGAGGCAAGUAUGCUUCAAAGCCUCAGAGGAAUAUUUCAGAACCAUCAGCAAAGGCAGCAGUCAAGUCAAUACUACAAAGAAGGCUGCUGAAAGCCAGGCACCAGAUUGCUGUAGUGCAUCUGUGGAUGAGAUUCAGUGCUGCACAGCAUCAGAAAUCACUCCUCCGAACUGCCACAAGGGGGCAGUCACAGAGAAGACAGGCAUGGAAGAGGAGACCAGUGCUGGGAAUUGUGAAGAAGAUCCCCCUACUGUAAAACAGUUGUGUUUGAAUUCCUCUGUAAACCCACGUGAGAGCCAGAGGAAGCCAUCACUUGUUAAGACUAUAGGUGCUUUGACCGAUGUUGACAUUGUAAAACUUCGACCUUGUGAAAGGAAGCAAGUUGAUUUCAAAGAUAAGCUGUACCUUGCACCUUUAACAACGUGUGGGAACCUCCCAUUCCGACGCAUAUGUAAGAGCUUUGGAGCAGACAUCACAUGCGGGGAGAUGGCCAUGUGCACUAACCUGCUGCAGGGCCAAUCCUCAGAAUGGGCCCUUCUGAAGAGGCAUGAGAGUGAGGACCUCUUUGGUGUGCAGCUGGAAGGGUGCUUUCCAGACACCAUGACCAAGUGUGCAGAGCUGCUCAACGAUAACAUUGAAGUGGAUUUUGUUGAUAUCAACUCAGGCUGUCCCAUUGACCUGGUCUAUAAGAAGGGAGGUGGCUGUGGACUGAUGACUCGUACUUACAAAUUUGAGCAAAUUGUUAGAGGAAUGAAUGCGGUCCUGGACGUCCCUUUGACCGUGAAAAUUCGGACUGGUGUUCAGGACAAAGUCAACAUUGCACACAAACUGAUUCCAGAGAUGAAGAAAUGGGGUGUGUCCCUGAUCACACUUCAUGGCAGAUCUCGGGAGCAGCGCUACACAAAGUUGGCUGACUGGGACUACAUAGACAUCUGCUCCAAACUUGCCAGUCCUGUUCCUCUCUUUGGUAAUGGCGACAUACUGUCUUACGAGGAUGCAAAUAAAGCGAGAGAAACAGGAGUAUCUGGAAUCAUGAUAGCAAGAGGCGCUCUGAUUAAGCCGUGGAUUUUUACUGAAAUAAAAGAACAUCGGCAUUGGGACAUUUCCUCUGGUGAGCGACUGGACAUCCUGAAGGACUUCACACACUUUGGUUUAGAGCACUGGGGCUCAGACACCCAGGGCCUGGAGAAGACCCGGAAUUUCCUUCUGGAGUGGCUGUCAUUCACAUGCAGGUAUAUCCCAGUGGGGCUGCUGGACCGUUUGCCUCAGAAGAUUAAUGAGAGACCUCCCUAUUACCUGGGCAGGGACCACCUGGAGUCCCUGAUGGCAAGUCAGCAUGUGGGCGACUGGGUGAAAAUCAGUGAAAUGUUGCUUGGACCAGUGCCCCAGAAUUUCAGUUUUCUGCCGAAACACAAAGCAAAUGCCUACAAAUGAAUAGAUCUACAUGCUUAGUAAGGCAGUGCUGUGAAAGUGUUAGUUUUAACAACCCAUGUAAUGCUGCCUUGGUCAUUUUCUUUAAUUUGUUAUUAAAGCUAUUUUUCAGGAGUCUUGGACAGUGAUAAACUAGUAAUUGACACUUAAGAUUAUUAUUAUAAAAUUUGUAUUCUUAUACAGUCAUUUCCCAGCUUGAAUAAACUCUUAAGAGAAAAACUAAUAAUUUGUAUGAUUUCUACCUCUUCAUUAACGGGCUGCAGUAAUACCCCAAACCUUUUGUUUUCAGUUCCCUUGAAGGGACUGCCUCAACUCUGAAGUAAAAUAUAUUUAGCAUCAGAAAGUUACAAAGAUGAGUCGU